GGUACCGCCGCCAGGUUCAGCGACGCCGAGCUGGGGCUGCCGGGCUGCGGCGCCUGCUGGCAUCCAAGCAGGAGCAGUGGCGGCAGCUGGGAGAAGGGGGCAUCUUGGACCUGUGCCAGGGAAAGGAGGCAGAGAGAAGGAAGGCCCGCGAGGAGAGGGCACGCCAAGCCCGACGGGCGGCCAUCCAGGAGCUGCAGCAGAAACGAGCCCAGAAGUUGGGUGAUGAUGAGGCCGAGGUGCUGCCAGACGCCAGAGCUCCCAGAAGGACCCGGCCCACCCAGGAGCCGCCUCCGAAGCCCAGGAAUGCAGCUCCCGGCAGCCUCAAGGCCAACAACACGGGUGCCAACUCCUACCCCGCAGGCCCAGAGGACCCCCACCAGCUGCACCCUGACUCCUCCCCCAGUGCGUCCCCUGAGCCCCGGUGGUCUCCGGAAGAUAAGCCACAGGACGUCAGCUCCCAGGAUGUGGCCAGAGAGGACCCUGUGGCAGGGGGCCCCGCAGAGUGCAGGGCCAAGUCCCGGGUGACCCUCAGCGAGCUGCUGGACACACUGAAGCUGCUGGAGGAGGAGCCCAAGCCACUGUCUUGCCCCAAAGCCUACCACAAGGAGAAAUAUGCCUGGAUCGAUGGGGAGGACAAUGCCAGCUCCCUGACGGGAGAUGACCUGGAGAAGCUCGGGAAGCUCAGCGCGCCCACCAGCCCCCCUGAGGUUGGGACGCUGCUCUCGGAGGCCAAGCUGCAGAGCAUCAUGAGCUUCCUGGAUGAGGCGGAGAAGUCGGGGCAGGGCCAGCCCUCCGCGGCCCCCCGGCAGGAGGGCCCUGGGCCAGGUGAGGAGCUGGCGUCCAAGAUGCGGCUGAGGCUGGAGGUGGAGGAGAAGAGGCAGGCGCUGGCGCUGCUGCAGCAGGCACUGGCGCAGCAGCAGGGCCUCACAGUCCGGAGGGUGAAGGAGACAGAGAGGGAGCUUGGGCGGCAGCUGCGGCAGCAGAGGGAGCACUACGAGGCCGCGGUGCAGCGGCACCUCACCUUCAUCGACCAGCUGAUCGAAGACAAGAAGGCCCUGAGCGAGAAGUGCGAGGCUGUGGUGGCUGAGCUGAAGCAGGUGGAUGAGAAGUGCAGGGCCCGGGUGGCCCAGAUGCAGGAGCAGCAUGAGCUGGAGAUGAAGAAACUCAAAGAACUCAUGAGCGCCACCGAGAAGGUUCGCCGGGAGAAGUGGAUCAACGAGAAAACGAAAAAGAUCAAGGAGAUCACGGUCAGAGGCCUGGAGUCCGAGAUCCAGAAGCUGAUCGCCAAGCACAAGCAGGAGAUCAAGAAGCUCAAGAGCCUGCACGAGGCGGAGCUGCUGCAGUCGGGCGAGCGGGCUGCGCAGCACUACGGGCGCCAGGCCGAGGCACUGCGGGAGCUCCUGGAGCGGGAGAAGGAGGCACUGGGGCAGCGGGAGCGGGAGCUGGCCCAGCAACGGCUGGAGCAGCACCUGGCGCAGGAGCAGCAGGCCCUCCAGCAGCAGCGGCACCGGCUCUACAGCGAGGUGGCCGAGGAGAAGGAGCGGCUGGGCCAGCAGGCAGCCAGGCAGCGGGCAGAGCUGGAGGAGCUCCGGCAGCAGCUGGAGGAGAGCAGCUCUGCGGCGAGCAGAGCCCUGAGGGCCGAGUUCGAGAGGGGCCGAGAGGAGCAGGAGCGCCGGCACCAGAUGGAGCUGCAGGCCCUCAGGGACCAGCUGGAGGUGGAGAGGCAGGCGUGGGGCGCCAGCUACGCCAAGAAGGAGCGGCUGCCCCCGCGUGUGCUGUCAUCAGCCGGGCACAAGGAGGCGUGGCUGCUGGCCCGGGAGCAGGAGCUGAAGGAGGAGAUCCGGAAGGGCCGGGACAAGGAGAUUGAGCUGGUCGUGCAGCGGCUGGAGGCCGAUGUGACCCUGGCCAAGGAGGAGAGUGAGAGGAGCGCCGAGAGCCGCGUCAGGCGCCUGCGAGACAAGUACGAGGCGGAGCUGGCCGAGCUGGAGCGAUCGGAGCGGAGGCUGCAGGAGCGCUGUGCAGAGCUCAAGGGCCGCCUCGGGGAGGCUGAGGGCGAGGGCCUGCGCCUGCAGGGCCUGCUGCGGCAGAGGGAGAAGGAGCUGGAGGACACCAGGGGGGUGAAUGAGCAGCUGCUGGGCGAGCGGGGCAGCCUGGCCCAGGUCAUGCGCCAGGAGUUCGCCGACCGGCUGGCGGCUGCCAAGGAGGAGGCCCGGCGGGUCAGGGCGGAGCUGGCCGAGCUGCGGGCCCGGCAGCACACAGAGCUGGAGCAGCUUGCGCGGGAGAAGCAGGAGGAGCUGGAGGAGGUGCACCGGAGGGUGAAGAUGGCCAUAGCAAAGAAGGAGGAGACUGUGAGCAGCCUCCGGAAACAGCACGAGGCCGCCGUGAAGCGCGCUGACCACCUGGAGGAGCUGCUGGAGCAGCGCAGGCGUAAACCACUGGCCCCCAAGUGACCCCCCGCUGGGUGGGAGCCCAGAGCCCCCGAAGUCGGCCCCCAAAGUUUGCCCCCGGGCCGCAGCAUCCACCGGCAGUGGGGCUGAGGGGUUGUGAGCUGGCUGAGCCCACCCUUGUAGCCCAUUGCCUUUCUACGCUUCCUUUUCUUCUUUACGUCCGUCCCCCUUUUUUACAGCUGCCCUGUGCUCAGCUUGGGCGGUCUGUUAGAGCUUUACGCUUCAUUUUUACAGUAAAAGUUGUUAUAUUUUA